GUAUUGCUGCACCAAUAGAAACUCAUUUAGGAUUUGUUUUGGCGCAGCUGUCCAAUCAGCUUCCACGUCCCGCCCCCUUCACGUGAGCGUCAUCAACACACCUCACGUCAGUCAGACUGUCUGUUACACUCCGGCCUGUUCACAAACAGGACAGACACUUUCUUUCCACGGCAUUGUUGCUCAACAUAUAACGAUAUUAAUUCACCAAAAACCAUGAACAGUUUAAUUAGAUCCACUGCGAAGUGUCUGCGGACGGGGGCGGCGGUGUAUCUGCCCCGGAGGACCGACGGACGCGUGUGGACGGCCUCGGCCCGGUUCCUGUGCGCGGCGGCGGACUUCCAGAAAGACCUUGGUGAGAUGGUGAAGAAGGACAAAGUGGUGGUGUUUAUGAAGGGGACGCCGGCUCAGCCCAUGUGUGGCUUCAGCAACGCAGUGGUCCAGAUCCUCCGGAUGCACGGGGUGGACGACUACGCUUCCUACAACGUACUGGACGACUCGGAGCUCAGGGAAGGAGUCAAGGUCUUCUCCAAUUGGCCCACGAUCCCUCAGGUGUACUUCAGCGGCGAGUUCGUGGGAGGCUGCGACAUUCUGCUCCAGAUGCACCAGAACGGGGAUCUGGUGGAGGAGUUGAAGAAGCUGGGCAUCAGCUCGGCGCUGCUGAAUGCUGAGAAGGAGUCCAAGUAGAGGAGGAUGAACGUGGAAGAGCUGAAGAGACAAGGACACAUUUAUCAGGUUUAACCCCCACUCAGAUGAUCACAGUCAAACCCACUCUGGUUUAAAGUCCACUCAGCUCUCUGGCCAUUAAGGCACAGAAAGAUGCAAAAUUACAUGUUUCUUCAGUUCUGGACAUUUUGGUUUGUCCCACACCUAUAAAGAGCUCUGAGUGCUCCUGCUGCACUGCUCAUACUCUUCUUCAUGUGCACGGAUCAUGUACCUGGCAGGUGAGGACAGCGUCUUCACAGGAAACCCAAAUCUGUUUUUAUCAAACCCUCUACCCACAUUUAUCAGCUCCUCUUUAAAGCCCCCUGUUUUGCCAUUUUGGUGCAUCGGGAAUAAGUUGCAAACAUCACAAUGACAGAUUUUGAAUGAUGAUUGGAUGAAGUCCAGUAUUCACUCUCCCUCCAGCUGUCUGGGUCUCCAUCGGCCCCCCGAGAAAAGUCUCUGUCUCUGUAGCCGCUAAAUGCUCCACUUUGUUCAUCAGCUAGUUGCUAACUGUGUCUGUCUGCCACGUGGUGCUGGGCAGGCAGCGUACACUGGGUUUAUCAGUGGUUUUUCUGCUGAUGAAAGUUGCCUGAUGAGGUUAAAAACCAACCAGAAACGGUAAAGUAUUGGGUCAGAAAACUAAAACAAGGAGCUGAUAGAUGCAAUAAAGAUCUACAUGGCUGAGGGGAAGUGCAGAGUCCAGUGCUAACUCUGUGGGUUUGUCACUAAGACGACCCCUUAAUGUCACAUACAUUUGGUCUAUUUUUGUGGUUUUUAACUAAAGCAGUUUUAACGUUUACCUAAAUUAACACAUGGAGAAAGGUCUUUAGUCUUUGUUCUGUAGCUCCUAGUUUUGAGUUUCUAUCAUUUAAGAUUCACCACAUUGUAAAUAAUAUCCUGUUGUUAACAGCAUUACAAAUCCAUGCCAACAUACUGUAUUUGUUGGAACCACAGACAUUUUGUAAAGGAAUACAGUAACGACCUUCAGACUAAAACCCCACUGUUAAAGACACACAGAGGUUGGAGACAGGUUCCCUCCUUGCCUUGAGUAGGUUAACCCGAUAAUACUACCAUCUGUUCUAUCAUCUUGCCCUCUGCUGUCCAUCUUUUACCCAAAGCCACAGUCUGUUAAGCCUCAGGAUGCACCAAGACCAAGCGUAGAUCUUUAUAAGGCUUUUGGGUCACACCAAGAUGUCAUCAUACUAGAAACCUUCCAAAUGCACUGCCUGUUUAUCUACAGUAUACUAGAAAGAAGAACAAUGAGGGGGCAAUACAUUAGGGAUUAAUAAAGCUGAUCAUAAUUAUAUUA